AUGGCCAGAAUCAAGCAGAAGGGAAAGGCCGGUGCCGCCAAGAACUUCAUCACCCGUAAUCAGGCGAUCAAGAAGCUCCAAGUCACCCUUGCCGAUUUCAGAAGAUUAUGUAUCCUCAAGGGUAUCUACCCCCGAGAACCCCGCAACAAGAAGAAGGCGAAUAAGGGGUCCACCGCGCCUGCGACCUUCUACUACACGAAGGACAUCCAGUACCUCCUCCACGAGCCUGUCUUGCUUAAGUUCCGCGAGCACAAGACUUUUGCGAGAAAGUUGUCCAAGGCCCUCGGACGUGGAGAUUUGAGUACCGCGAAGAGGCUGAAUGAGGAUAAACCCCAGUACACGCUCGACCAUAUCAUCAAAGAACGUUACCCGACUUUUGUGGAUGCGUUGAGGGAUAUGGAUGAUGCGUUGAGUAUGUUGUUUUUGUUUGCGAGUAUGCCGCAGAAUGACAAAAUCUCCGCUGCGACGAUCGCGAAUUGCGAGAGGUUGUGUGCUGAGUUUCAGCAUUAUGUCAUUAGGUCCCGGUCGUUGAGGAAGACGUUCUUGUCGAUCAAGGGAAUUUAUUAUCAGGCGGACAUUAAGGGCCAGGAUGUUACGUGGCUCGUACCGUACAAGUUCUCGCAGCAGGUUCCUACCGAUGUUGAUUUUAGGAUUAUGUUGACUUUCCUCGAUUUCCACCAGACCUUUGUUGGGUUCGUUAACUACAAGCUUUACUCUGAGCUUGGGUUGGUCUACCCGCCCGAGAUGGAUGUGCAGAAGGAUGAGGGCGCGGCUGGGUUGGGCGCGUUUGUUGUUGAGAAGAUUGCGAAGAACAUCACUGCGGAUGAGGAUGCGGAGAUGGCGGAUGUUGAUGUGAAGGAUACGAGUGCGCAGGUUGCUUCGCUCGGAGAGAAGUUGGCUACAAUCAGGGAUGACUCUGUGGAGGAGGCACCUGUUGAGGAGGUUGAGGAUGAUGCCGCUGUCUUGGACGACUUCUCCACCGCUGCGCCCAACGCCGACGGUGCCCUUGCCCAGCCUGACGCGACUGUCUCCGCCCCCACCAACCUCUUCUCUAACUUCACCUUCUACCUCUCCCGUGAGGUCCCCCGCUACUCUCUCGAAUUCCUUAUCAAGUCCUUCGGCGGUAAGGUCUCCUGGGACCCAAUCCUCGGAGCCGGCUCCCCCCUCGAGGAAAAUGACCCCCGCAUCACCCACCACGUCUGCGACCGUCCAAACCAAGAAAAGCGAUUCCCCGGCAGAAGUUACUUGCAGCCCCAGUGGGUGUACGACUGUAUUAACAAGGGCCGCUUGGUGGCGAUUGAUGAGUAUGCGCCUGGAGCGCUCUUGCCGCCUCAUUUGAGUCCGUUCGUGAAGGUUGAGGAGGGUGAUUACGACCCUGAGGCUGUGCCGGUGGAGGCUGAGGCUGAGGAGGAAGAGGAGGAGGAUGUCGAGGAGGAGACUGGUAUGCAGGUUGCCGAUGACGACGAGGAGGAGGAAGAAGAGGAGGUGGAGGAGAAGGCCGCUGCCGCGUCAACUAUCCCUACCGCUGAAGACUCCGACGUUGACGAGGAGAUCGACGAGCACGAGCGCCAGCUCGCCGCCGAGGCUGCUGGUGUCGCAUACUCCAAGGCCGCCCCCUCGAAGAGGGGCAAGAAGACCGAUGCACCAAAGGAGACCAAGGCCGAGAAGGAGGCCCGUGAAGCCCAGGACAUGGCCAAGAUCAUGAUGUCCAACAAGCACAAGAAGUUGUACGCCAAGAUGCAGUACGGAAUCCAGAAGAAGGAGGAGCAGACUAACUCUCUGAGACAGAAGAGGAAGGCGAUCGAGAAGGAGAAGAGGAAGGGUGGUGGUAAGAAGGGAGGUAACUAA